AUGGCGGACAACAGCACACAUUACAAGCCGUACAAGUCGUGCAAGGAGGUCAGCGACCUCUGCCCCGUGGAGCUGACCACGCUGGGCUACUAUCCGAAUGUCGGAAUCAACAUCUUCUUCGCCAUUGGCUUCGGUAUUGCACUGAUUGCUGUUCUCACUACGGGCAUUUGGAAGAAGACAUGGAGUUACAUGGGAUUCAUCGCUGCCGGGUCUGUUCUGGAACUUGCCGGAUACGUCGGGCGUGUUCUACUGCACGACAACCCGUGGAACAAGAAUGCCUUCGAAACGCAGAUUUGCGCCAUCAUCCUGGCCCCCACGCUCAUCUGCAUCUCCAUCUACCUGACGCUCAAGCAUGUAGCCAUCUGUCUCAACCCUGCCAUGUCUCGCAUCCGGCCGAACCUGUACCCAUUCAUCUUCGUCCCCGCCGACGUGUCGUGUCUGCUCGUCCAGGCCAUCGGCGGCGCACUUGCUGCCAGUGCCGGCGACACGAAUCAGAAGCUUCUUGACGGCGGCAACAGGGCCAUCAUCGCGGGCAUCUGUCUGCAAGUUGUGGUUCUGGCCGGCUUCGGCAUCGCGAGCGUGGACUACUUCGUCAGGGUGAGGAAGUGGAUUAACUCGGAUGAGGUCACCCCUGAGGCCAAGGCACUGUGGUUCGACAAGAAGUUCAGGUGGUUCGCAUACGCCGUCGCCGCUGCCUUUACAUGUAUCCUGAUCCGAUGCAUCUACCGUAUCGCCGAGAUGGCUGGUGGCUGGGGAAGCACCAUCAUGCAGGACGAGCCGUCCUUCAUCGUGCUCGACGGCUUCAUGGUCCUCAUCGCCGUCAUUUUGCUCUCCUUCUUCGCCCCGGGAUUCCUCUUCCCGCACAUGGCCGAGCAGAUGCGCGCCAAGAAGAAGAGCAAGAAGUCCAAGGGGGAGAAGAGCAGCAGCACCACCACCCCAGGGGAUGAGAGCCAGGACAUCGAGCAAGGCAAUGCCACUGAGGCUGAGCGCGAGCUCAAGGCAUAG